AGCCCGUGUAACCCAUAUACCGAGCAACAAAUGGUGCGUCUGCGCUGGAGACCUGAUGCUGGAGUUGGGAAGAUGUUUCCGUCGACUGCGUGGCAUUAACGACCCACUGCGGAGGCUGCGGCGGGGGGACGAGCCGCGCGGUGUCAUCUGUUGAUCGGAUUGGAGACAAUUAAGCGCAUUAUCAUGAGCCGCCGCGGUCCGACCUGCAGGUGAAACUUGAGGAGGUUGAAAUGAUUCCAAAGUCAGGAAAAUCUCCAGCAGACUCGAGGAAAAGUGUCGGCAUCCAUGAGUUUGCAGCACUUGCCAGAUCCUCCUUAAAUGGUAUCUCUCAGGCAGUGAGGGACCAUGUGACGAAGCCCACCUCCCUGGCUCAGGGCCGGGUCGCCCACCUCAUUGAGUGGAAGGGUUGGCCCAAACCCGCCGACCCUCCGCCGGCUGCCCACUCCCACUUCAGCUCCUACUGCCACCUGACUGAAGGAGAGAAGGAGGCUCGGUUUGCUGCAGGAGUGGCUGAGCAGUUCGCCAUCGCUGAGGCUAAGCUGCGUGCCUGGGCGUCUAUGGACGAGGAGGAGGAGGAAGACUCCAACGAUGAGGACUCCCACGCCAACGGACACACCCACACCUUGUCCAGCCAGAGCUCAGACGCCGGCACAUCCAAUCCUAUUACAGGAGCGCCAUGCCAGCCUGAGGCGGAUGGCGGCGAGGCACCGCCCUCCGACAGUCCCCUGGGCUCCAGCAGCAGCAGCCUGCUCUGUGGAAGGCCUGCAUCUCAUAAUGACCCACAUUCAUCCCAGACCAAUUCACCUACUUUACCCAGCGACUGCACGAGUCCCUUCCUGGAGGAGGAGGAGGAAGAGAGGCCGGAUGGGCACGAGGAACAGCUGGCUCCUUUAGAGGAGCAGCGCAGUGAGGUCUGCAUCUACCACAAGCCCGAGUGGAGGCCUCGGGCCAGGAGCAGCAGGUUCGACUCCUGCUACUCCACCUCUCACUCCGAGUCUCCCGGAGAGGAGGACGAGGAGGACGAGGAGGAGGAGGGCAGCGUGUUUCACGAGGUCCGAGUGUGGCACUGUAGCCCGAGAAGCUUCUUCUCUGACCGCGCCUCCUCUGGUGUGGCGUCCUUCGAUGAAGAAGAGGAGAGGGAUGAUGUGGAGGAGAAGAAGGAGGAGAAAGAGUUUCUGAUGUGAUGUGUUGUUCAUCUUUAUGUCUCUAUGAGUCCGUGUUGAUUCUGGAUGUGACAUCGUCUAUUCUGCUUUCACUGUUAACAUCUGUCCACCUCCUCCCCCUCAUCAUCUUUUCUCCACUCGCUGCCUUCUGUCUCUCAUCCUCCUUCAGGCCUUUCAUGCACUGAUCCACCAUUUAUGACUGCUGUAAACAGUAUAUAUAUAUAUAUAUAUAUAUAUAGGAGAGUUAAACCAGAAUGUAAAGCUGUUGUUCCAACUGAGUUUUGUACAUUUUUGUGAAGAGUCAUGUGUUGCUAUUGCAUUGGUUUUCUAUGGAUAUUUUGUAGUGCUGUUUUUUCUGGGUCACGCUGUGUCAUGUGGGUUGGGCUAUGUUUGAUACUGAAUGUCUGAAUGUCCUGCAUAUAUAA